CGGGUGCUAGCUCACCUCUCUAAGGACCGGCGCCUCCUACAGGUGCUGAACGGAGGGGUGGAUGUUUUCCGCUGCAUCGCGGCAGAGUGGAAGAACAUAACCCCAGAUGCUGUGAAGGACGGCCUCAGACAGCAGGCCAAGCAGAUUUGCUAUGGCAUCAUCUACGGGAUGGGAGCCAAGUCUCUGGGGGAGCAGAUGGGCGUGGAUGAGAACGAUGCUGCCUGUUACAUAGAGAGCUUCAAGGCCAGAUACACAGGGAUCCAGUCCUUCCUGAGAGACACGGUGAAGAGCUGUGUAAAAAAGGGCUACGUUCAGACACUGCUGGGACGCAGGAGAUACCUGCCUGGGAUCACAAACGGCAACACCUACGCCAGGGCACAUAGUGUGUGUGGUUCUGCCUCUCAGGCAGAGCGCCAGGCGGUGAACACCACUGUUCAGGGUUCAGCUGCUGACAUUGUUAAACUGGCCACUGUCAACAUCCAGCAGAGACUACAGGAAACCUUCCCUACUGCCCCCCUGUCACAUCAACACCCACACUCAGACAGGGGCCGUAGCAGGACAUGGCCUCGGGUCAGAGGGGCUUACUUCAUCCUGCAGCUGCAUGACGAGCUGAUCUACGAGACCACAGAAGAAGACCUCAUUCGGGUGGCUCAAAUAGUGAAGAGAGAGAUGGAGUCAGCAGUCAAGCUUUAUGUGAAGCUCAGAGCCAAAGUCAGGGUGGGACCCAGCUGGGGUGACCUCCAGGACAUGGAAAUAUGA